CUAAGUAAUCAAAACAAAGAAAGUGUUCUCUAUUGUCAAGACAGUACCUAAGGGAAUAUGUUCUAUUAGAGUGCAGCACGUGUUAACCUAGUUGGUGGCGCUGAGUAUGCAUCGAAACAAGCCAAAUAAUCGUUUUCUAAUAUGUCUACUGUGAUAUGUCACAUCUUUUAUCUUCAAAUCGAAAACAGUUAUAAAUAAUUUUGUAUUAUUGAAAUACGACUACUUUUAACAUGGCAAAGACCAAAACAAUUAGCAAAGGUUGUCCUAAGUGUGAGCAGCAGGUACCUGUUGCCUGUAAAGCUUGUCCUUGUGGACAUUCCUUCUUUAAUGCAAGACGCAAUUCCAUAAAAAGUCCACCUAGUCCUGAUAGUGGUGUAAUGAAGACAAGGCGAACAAAUCGAAUUAAACGCGAGAAACCAAAUUAUUAUGAUGCUUUGGAGUAUGAUAAGCAGACAAAAAAAAGUGCCAAAAUCAGGAGGACUACAGAUGUUGCAAAUGAUAUUGAUUGUCGACAGUUGAACAAGAAGAAAAAACGGAAAGGAAAGGGAAAGGGCAAGAAUGGCAGUAGCAAUGGUAUAGGUGAUGACGAUGAUGAGAUGGAAGGCAUUAAUGGGCUAUCACCGGAGAAGCAGCUUACAUGUUCACUCAUAUUACAAGAGUUGAAUAACAAGAUGAAAGUGGUAGCUUGGAAACCUACGUGAAACAUGGAUAUACACAUCUCUUGGACGGUUUAUAUUUUGAAGAAUUACGUGCAAGAAAAUAAAUGAUGAAUCAGUGUUUAGAGUUGAUUUUACACAUUCAAGGAGUUUCUGAAUAUUGUAAUGAGUAGUUGAGGCGAUGACUGGCUAAGAAGACUGUUUUAAAAGAAAUGCAUUUAAGAAAGUUACUAUUCUAUACAUAGUUCGUCAUAUAAAUCAUUAUUUGAUUAUAUUAGUAUAUUAUCAGUUAUAAAUUAAAAUUUUAAAUGCAUUUUUUUUAUUAGUUGACGUUUAAUCGAAUUUAUGUGAUAUAAAAGAAAAUCUCACUAAUUAAAGUAAACGAGCUAUUUCCAAUAUUGCGUAUAAAAUUAUUAGUAAUUUGAAUUAAUAGUUUUUUUUAUGUAAAACAUUCCUCAAAUUACAUACACUAUUUUUUAUAAAGAAGUUAAUGUCUGUUUAAUUUGAGAACUUUUUAUAAGCAAAUAUAUAAUUCUAAAGAAAAGGUUUGUUGGAAUGUUUUACUUCCUAUAUUUUUAUUAUAUUUAACUAAAUAGUUAUAAAUAUAAUUUACAACUUAUAUUUAAUUAUUUGAAAGUGAAGGAAUUGUAUCACGGUUCAAGAGAUAACAAUCGAUCUUGGGAAAGUUUAGUAAGCGCUUGUGGCGUUUUGUGACAACUGUUGUGAUUUAUUAUCUUCCUAUUACACAUUAGAUUAUAUCACUCUUCGUUAACGAUCACAUUUUCAAAAUAAUUUACUCUUUCAUGGUAGUGUCCCUCUGACGAUUGUUAUUCUCAGCGUUUACGGGCAGCUUUGUUGUCGAGUUUGAUGCCUCGUUGAAGACCAACAACAUAGGCAGACCUCCUAUGACCAUACACGUGCCCAUACACAGGAAACACACGGUGUAACUUCCGGUUACGUCGCGCAAAUAACCUGAAAUGUAUAUAUAUUAUUGCGUUAUUACACGAUCAGUAGAAUAGAUAGAUAUUGAUCAGUAGAAUAGAUAAAUAUUGAUUGCAAGAUACGUAAAAAUAAUACAAUGAGAAACAAUUUCUGAAACGUUCUUGUAUAUGCGAAUACAAUUAUAUAAUUUAUAAGAAAUCAUAUAGACUCAUAUCGACACAUUCUCCAAUUUGAAUGUAAACUAUAUUGAAAAUUCAGAAUUCACAUCUGCUAUACUUGAGAAAAGACGUGGCUUCGUAGCGCUAUAAGGUGCGAUUUAUUAAUAACAAAGCUACGACGUGUACCCUCGUUUCCCUGUACGCUUGAUAACGCGAUGAAGUGUCAGCCUUCUCCAGCUAUGUACAACAUAAACUUAUAUAAUGUGCAUGAGUUGCUCUUUGCGGAAAGCCGUACAGUGCACGUUUUUCUAUUAUCUAUCGUGUUACAAUGUUAAGGCUCCUGACCCGUCGCUAAAGCCAUAACGGAUCAUGACGUCAGAAGCGAGAGAUCGUAUCUUUCUUUCUUAUAUUAUACAGUAAAAGCCAUAUGCUACUGUAUAUGCGCUGUAUAUUUAUAUUUAAGUCGGGAUCUUGGAUAGCAAAGUAACAAGAAAGAUGCAUUUCAAGCGCGUUGUACAUUAGCAAAGGCAACUCUUUUUAUAUAUAUAUAUAUAUAAGUAUGAAAAUAUUUAUACGUGUGAUCUUUGUCAGAAACAUAACAUAUUGUAAUCGUAAUUUUGUAAAAAUAUCUGUGCAAAAAAGGAAACAAUAUAUUGUUGACAUCACA